GGGAGAUGAUAAGCCUAAGACCGAUCAGCCUAAGAGCGAUGAUGAGCCUCAGGCAGACAAGCCUAAGACGGAUAAGCCUAUGGGCGAUGAUAAGCUCAAGACGGACAAGCCUAAGACGGAUAAGCCUAAGGGCGAUGAUAAGCCUAAGACGGACAAGCCUAAGGGCGAUGAUAAGCUUAAGACGGACAAGCCUAAGACGGAUAAGCCUAAGGGCGAUGAUAAGCUCAAGACGGACAAGCCUAAGACGGAUAAGCCUAAGGCGAUGAUAAGCCUAAUACGGACAAGCCUAAGACGGAUAAGCGUCUA